CCGGGAGGGGUUGGCCUUAGGGCUGCAAGGGAGACGCGGCGGCCGGGGGCCGAAGCGAGAACGCUCCUUUGCGCGCGCCCGCGCCCCCGCCCCCGCCCCCGCCCAUCCGCCCGCUGGCCGGUCGGUGAGGGCGGCUAGCAGCCCGACUGCCCGGCUUUGCAGCCCAGGCUGUGUGUGCGUGUGCGUGCCCGCGGAGGGAGGACGUGGAAGGGGCGGGAGGAGCUACGGCGGGAGAUGCGGGCGACCGCGGACGCCCGGCGGGCUCGGCUCGGCCGCCGCCGUCUCCGCGGCCGUAGCGCCCGUGGGCUGCCCGCGUGAAAAGAGGGCGGCGGGGGGCGCCCGCCGCGGCGGAGCCGCAGCUCAGCGGCGCCCGAGGGAGAGGAGGACCUGAGGGAGACCCCGCGCCCUCGGAGCCAUCAUCAGGCAGUUUGGCAUAGUGGAAAUUGAGUGAUGACCUGAGUCUGGAGAUGUGGAGCAAAACACUUAAGCGCUCAACCCCAUGCUUAAGGCCAAAUUAGAUAAAAAGUGCCUAUUUGUUUUGGUAGUGGAGGUACCUCCCUUACACUUAAGAAAUGACAAGUUCUUCAAAAAAAAUCCUAGUAUAAGUCCUUAUCUGACAGAAUGGUGAGCUCACUGCUAUGGACAGUGCUAUUACACUGUGGCAGUUCCUCCUUCAGCUCCUUCAGGAGCCUCAGAACAAGCAUAUGAUCUGCUGGACCUCGAGUGAUGGGGAAUUUAAGCUUUUGCAAGCAGAGGAGGUGGCUCGACUCUGGGGAAUCCGCAAGAACAAACCUAGCAUGAAUUAUGACAAGCUAAGCCGAGCUCUCAGAUACUACUAUGUAAAGAAUAUCAUUAAAAAAGUGAAUGGUCAGAAGUUUGUGUACAAGUUUGUCUCUUACCCAGAGAUUUUGAACAUGGAUCCAAUGGCUGUGGGGAGGAUUGAAGGAGACUGUGAAACUUCAGGCUUCCAUGAAGUCAUCACCAAUUCAAAAGAUUUGGAGAAUGGAGGAAAAGAGAAGCCAUCUCAGCCAUGUGCCAAGACCUCUAGCCGCAAUGACUAUAUACACUCUGGCCUCUACUCUUCAUUUACUCUGAAUUCUCUGAACUCUUCCAAUGUAAAGCUUUUCAAGUCUAUAAAAAUUGAGAAUCCGGCUGAGAAACUGGCAGAAAAAAAAUCUCCCCAGGAACCAACACCUUCAGUCAUCAAAUUUGUGACAACACCCUCCAAAAAGUCAUCAGUUGCACCUAUUCCUUCUACCAUUUCAGCUGGCCCAACUAUUUCUACAGCUUCAGAAGAAACCCUCCAAGCCUUGGAGACUCUAGUUCCUCAAAAAUUGUCUUCUCCAGAAACUCCACCUUCCAUACCCUAUAUUAUGACCACUUUUACCAGCACACCUCCUGUUUCUUCCAUAUCUCCCUCUUUGCAGGAUCCUUCCAGAUCACCUUCACCACCCUUGAGUCCUAACGCAGACCUAGACAUUGACACAGACAUUGACUCAGUGGCUUCUCAGUCCGUGGGCCUCCCUCAGAACUUUUCCUUGGAGCUCAAAGACCAGGAGUUAGCACUGCUAGAGAAAGAAAGCACAAUUCAUUCAUCAAGGUCCAAGAAACCCAAAGGGCUAGAGCUGGCACCCACUCUGGUGAUCACAGGCAGUGAUCCAAGCCCCCUGGGAAUAUUGAGUCCCUCUCUCCCUACGGCUUCUCUCACUCCUGCACUUUUUUCACAGACUCCUAUCUUAUUGACACCAAGUCCCUUGCUCUCCAGUAUCCACUUUUGGAGCACUCUCAGUCCUGUUGCUCCUUUAAGUCCAGCCAGACUGCAAGGUGCUAACACCCUUUUCCAGUUUCCUUCUGUCCUGAACAGUCAUGGGUCAUUUACUCUGUCUAGCCUGGAUGGACCAUCCACACCUGGCCCCUUUUCUCCAGAUCUACAAAAAACAUAGCACAUGCACUUGUGGAAAGAGAAAUAAGAGAAAUAAAGAAGAAAUAGCUAUUCAGCAUAUCGUAUUUAAAAUGCUGAUAAUGGACUAUUGUGAUUUUUGCCAUUCCCGUUUAAAAUGCCUUUUCAGAGUUUUCUUUGAAUAGAACUCGAGUUGGGACUAUGUAUGGAAACGCCUUAAUUGGAGUCUAUAGACUCCACCUGUCCCUUUUACCUCUCCUUUUCUUUUUCCUCCUUCUUCAUUUUAGGUAAAAGGAGGUUUUUUUCUGCAGAAUACAAAGAUGGAAUAAUGUUUUGAUAUGAGCAGAUAAGAACAAAAAUUAUAUUUUGGCUACUGGGACAUGUUGGCAGGAAAAAGAUUUAUACUUGGAAUUGGUGAUUUCAAGAAACUGUGGAUGAAACUGACUACACCUUGAAAGACUUGGUGUCCUCCCUCACACCAGGAAGAAAACACUGUCAGUUAUAGCUGAUAAAUGGUAAUGGACAAAGAAACAUCCCUCCUUCAUGCAGAAUGAGGUUUGAACAGCACUGCUGGGGAGACAAACAGUUCUGCAGUGAAUUGUAGUAUAUAUAGGCAACACAGAAAGAGGCAUCUAGUUUACAUUUCUUCAGGGUGAAUCUCUCAGUUACUAUAAGCCAUAUGUGAUCUUGUCUGAACCUGUCAAUAGAAUAUGGAAUCCAAUUUUUCUGCUUCACCCUAAGGAGUGGGAGGGGAGGGGUCUCUUUAAACCUGAAGUGAUGGUUACUUAUUUUUAAGACAGUGUUUGGAAGACUCUUUGAGAAGAUGGAACUCUGUAUCCAGCAUAGAAACAUUGACUUUGCUGCAGUCUGGGUAGUAUAUACACCCACUGAAUACAGUACCGUGGAAGAUGAAUAGGUUUUUGUGAGGAUGGUGCUGCAUUAUUGAAAACUUAGGACAUAUUUAGUUAAGAUUCCUAAUUGAGCAACCUGAAAGGACAUUUGUGGCUUUUUCAGUCAAGAAGAUACCCAAAGUACAGGACCCGUUUCUGUUUGUAGUAACUCAGGUUCUGCUGUGCAUUUUUUUCUUAUUCCUUUUAAAAUUUGAAAUUGUAAUAUUUUUGAAGCUAUAAGAAAAAAGGUGAAAAGAGAAGUCCUCAAAAUCACCCAGUGAGGUAAAGAAGUACUUAUUUUGUAGGAAUAUUUUUAUCUUAAUAGGUGGGGAGUUUACUUGAGAAUACUAUACCAUGUUUCAGUUUGGAGUUGUUCAAAUAAUGAGAAAUGCAGGCUUUCAUCUCAGUCAUUGAACUUGGUUUAAUUUGUCAAACAUUAGCCAUGUGGUAGAAAUUAUUUCCUGUCUGUGUGAGGUGAAUGUAGCUUCUCUGAAUUCAAGAAACUGGACAGAGGCCAGCAUCAUAGUUGGGGACUGUGUUGAUAUUUUUGGCCUGGAAGUCUAGAUUCAGAUAACCUCCCCAGAUUGAAUUUCUCUUUCAGUGCUAGAGAUAUUAUAAGAUUGUAUCACACUGAUUAAAUGGGAUGAGGCAGAACUUGCAUGCUUUCUGCUUGUGCUGGGGAUAAAGAAACGAAGGAUUCCAGAUGACAAUAAGUCAACUCAGCACCUUCCAGCUGCACAAAAUUCACUUUAAAUUUGUUUUUAUACUGUAUAGAGAUUCUUAUGUAUGAGAUUUUAAUUAGACAAAAGUAGCUGGCUACAUAAUUUUGGUAUAGAUUGUAUUCAUAGUAACUCAUGUAACCAGAGGUCUCAAGAUUUUGUAACAUUACUUGCUUGCCCAAUUUUGGUGUGGAGUGGUGUCUUUCUGUUCUAAAAGUCUCUUUUUCUCUGCCUAGUGGAUCAAAUUGAAUAUGUAGCUUGAUUGACUGGGAGUGGAGGAAAAGGAUUAUAUUCAGGGAACUGCCUUCAUAUAUUUUGAAGUUUUGGAGGUAUGUUGCUGGCUCAUAUGAGGAAACCAUCCAUUCCUGUGAUGUGCAAUAGCAAUGCUGAAAGGUUACUGUAGGUAGUGACAAGGAGCAAUCAUUUGGAAUAUUUAGUUUGCACAUCUCUUUGAAAAUUAAACCUCCCAUAGCACUUUCUGAACUAGUGUUAUUAGUAUGAUUACUGUUUUAUACUUUGUAAUAAGAAGAUGCUGGGGUGUUCAAGUUACCUGGGAAUUUUAAAAUUGUUAAGCACUAAAGAAAAAUUUAUUUUCAUGAAUUAACAGAGGAAUCAAGCCAUUGGAUAGUUUUCCAGAGACCAAAGAUGUGGUCUCUGUGCAUUUCCUGUCUUUUAGGAUAGGGAUAUCAUGGAAUUAGAUGGCACUAUUAAAGGCAGCUUAAUGGAAACCAGUUUUAUCUGGUUUUCCUUAAAUAUAUCUGUCCCUGCAACCUUAGAGAAGUAUAUAGCCAUACCUGGUUGAUUGUGAUCUGCUUUCUCUUCAUGAAAUCAUCUUUAUUUAAGGGAAGAUGGUGAUUCUUUUAUCAUUGGGAGUCUUACUUAAUUCUUUUGAAAAAUGAGAUGUUAACAGCUGUAACUCAUCUGAACAAGGUUGGCAUGAUCAUCUUGUUUCUAACCUACCUCCUUUAGGCAAAGACUCAGUAUCAGAAUCUUUAGAAAAUCUAGAGAUACUUAUCAGAAAGUCAGCAUCCCAUUUAGGAUCAAUAGUCAUUGAGAAGACUGAUACAGAUGGCUAUUCAUUAUAUAUGAUUAAUUAUCCAUCAUAUUACUGGAUUGAAUGUUGUUAGGCAACAGUAGCCUAAGUAAAAGAAGGGAAGCCAAUUGAACUGGGUAGUAGGAGUUCUGCUGUCAGACUGACUUUAACUUUUCUUUUUGCCAUCAUUUCUCAAAAUAUUCUUCCUCAUUAAAGAUAUUAUGCUGCCUUCUAUUCAAAAUUAAAUCAUAGUUUGUUGCUAGUUAUCUUUAUUCUUUAAAAUGAUGUGUUACAGUGAUUUGAGGUUGGUGACGAUAUGUAAUAGGAUGAAAACUUCCACUAAUUUAUUUUACAUAAUCCUGGAAUUACAAAAGACAGGACAGCUCAUGAUCAUUUUGCCUGUUCUCCAGUCUCUGAAUAAAACUAUAUCCAAAUCACAUAAAACAGCUAUUCAACAUAUUUUUAAAGCUUUUCAGGGAAGGAGGUUUGGCGGGUUUCUGAAGUAUUUUUAGACAGUCUGUAUACUGUAUAGUAUUCCUUUGGCACCACCUAAGGAUUAGGACCUUUGAUUUCUGGUGCUGUGUCCAGGGUUCAUUGUGGUUAUUUACUUCCUGGGAUAAUUUGAUUCUAGGGGAGGUGGAUACUGUAAUAUUUGCUUUUUAGGACUGUUGAUUCAGUACUUCCACAAUGCCUAAUCAAAUCCAGGAAGUUUUCCUUACAUUCUAGAAGGAAAAAUAAAUUCAGCAGCCUCAGAAAUACAUGUAGGGAAUAUUGGAUAAUUUACUUGAGUUUAACUGGAAAAGCCCUUUAAGAACCUAGGCCUAUAUGUGUGCUGCUGUUUUAGAGAACAAGAAUUCAGAGCUCACUUGUAGGCUCUACUUAUUAGUUUUUCCAUACAUUUUCAGUAAGACUUAGAAAAAAACAAUCCUAGAAUUUCAGAACUUUGACUCUACAGGAUAGCAUCACUUCAUUUAUGUGCCCAUCCAAUUUUGAAUGAUGAUGUGUUGCCCAACAAUGUUGCUUCUUGCUGAUACUGAAGCACCGGUUUCCUGAUUCUGUAUUCUGAUAAUAAGCUGUUUGUGCAAUCAGUUUAAUCACACUCACAGACAUUUGUGCAGUAUUGUCCUUUAAUAUAUUACUUCCAAGUUAAGCCUUGAAAAAAUCGUGUAUGCUUUUUAUUAUAUAGGGGGAUGGAUUAUUCUUAUAUUAAGUUUUUCCUUUUAUGCAAACAUCUCCAUCACAUUUGGAAUUUUGUACAUGAGUGUGCCAUUAACUUCCAUGAAACUUAAUAUUCUCUUUUGAAAGUUGCCAAAUAAAAAGGCCCAAAUGAACUAGAUAAAAUUUAAGUCGGUAAUUGACAGUUUAUGUCUGCAUUUCCCUCCCCUCACCAUUAACCAGUAAUGAUUUAUGUAAUCAUUUUACUUCAAAAUUCAGGACUACUUCAAAUUAUUUUGCUUUAUACUUAUUUUUAUCCUUCAUUGGAAGAUUUUGUUUGGCGAUAAGAGAACAUUUUGGGGGUUCUAAAAGGAUGUUUUUAGGGAUGGGUUUAUGCUGUUAAUCAUUGCCAGUCUGAUUUGUUUCCAUUUCUCCUUUUGCCCUUUGUUGAAUGAUAAAUUAAGUUUUGCACUACAGAAUUGUGCUUUCUGAAGUGCCAUUUUAUUAUAUAUUCAGGACAUUAUAUAUAUAUAUAUAUAUAUAUAUAUAUAAAUUAACAGGCGUGGCAGGACUUCAUCUCUGUUAGUUGAAAAAAAAAAACAUAAAUAUCAAGACCAGUAGAAAAACAGAAAGAGUGCAGAUAGUCUUCUGUUUAGGAAUUAUAACUCAAGGGUUAUAGAAUAGUUUGAUAAGAGUUAAUUUUUCCAUCCAUAAAUAGUUUAGAUGAAUUAGAGAUUAACAUUAGUUUUUUUUUUUUUUUCUAGCCAAUGAAUUGGUUGGACCAUAAGCAUUUUUUUAAAAAAGCAUCUUGAAACAUAUGCCUGCUUGGUUUUGUAUCCAAAAUAGGUUGUGUGGGUGGUUGUUUUUCAAAUGUUGCUUGUACUUCCUAAAACAAAAGUACCCUGCUCUGCCUUUUAGGUUAUCAGAACCCCCCCACUAAAGCUUUUGCACCUUGAAAUCUAGAAUUCUUGUGGGUGGCUAGUAAUCAAAGAAAAAGGACGGUUUUGACUUGAUUUUAGAUAUAUUGGGCCUUUUAGUAAGAAAUUCGUGUUUUGGCUUGCAAACAGCACAUCUGAGAUACUGAUAUAGAAUAAACAUUCCCCUUAGAGCUAUCUUUUUUUUUCCCAGAGCACCCUUUUUUUAAAAAAUAUUUUAAGAAAAAGAUCAGCAAUCUGCCAGAACAUUGUUGUAGUUGGGGUGUUAACAUUAAUACUUAACAUUUAGAAAGUGAUUUGUGAGAGAGGGAAUAUAGAUUUUAAUUUAGACAUUCUACAAAGACCAGGAAAUUCAAACUUCUGUUAAAAAUUUUUAAUGAAAUUUUUAACUAAAAUAUUCAUAGAAAAGUGCUCAAACAUGUUAAAUGAUAGUGACUCUGGUCUCCUAGGGGUGAUACACAUCUGAUAGUUUUGUCAGAGUUUUGAAAUUUUAUUUUUUAAUAUUUAAUUGAGACUGGAACAUUUCCUUCAAGUUAUUCUGACAUUGGCUAAAUAUGUAUAUAAACACACGCAUAUAUAUAUAUAAAAUCUAUUUUUCAGAGGGAUAUAUAUUAUUCAUCCCUUGGACUGGGGUGGUUCCUAGGCUAUAUAUUUUAUACUAAAACUAAAGUUUUGCUGUACUUUGCAGUUAUAUCACUUUUUAAAAUUUAAUGCCUUGCACAUUUCAAUUUCUUAUUAUAAAAAAUUUCAGUAAGUACAAAGUCAUAGGCCUUAAUAUAGACUAUUGCUUGCCAACUUAAAAAAACAAAACUCAGUGCUAUUAUGACAUGUAAUUUUGAAAAAAUCAUCUUAUUCUCUGGUCUGUUAUAUUGGUAUAAGAUUGGGCAAACAGGAUUUUUAAACGAUAGUCUUCAUUUACUUUUGCUUCUCUGUUGACUAUGUUCAUCAGGUUGCUUACUGCAUAAUUAUAGGAGUUUAUACUGAAAUAACUAUUCUUAAAAUACAGAAAUGUAAACAUGGAUUGAAUGACUAGGAGUUGGCCUUUGUUGUCCGAUUUAACCCUUUGAACAAUAUAUUGUCAAUGAAAGGAGAAAUGCUGGCGUAGGAAAAUACCUUGGGAGGAGUGCUGUUCCCAAUCUUCCUUAUCUUGACCGUUCAGGUAAUAGAGCUCUGGGAGAGUUCUGUUAGGACAGAUUUAGGAUCUUUUAAAUUGGGGGUGACCUAAAGCUGGGCCAGAACUCUAGCAAACUAAUAACAACAUGAUUGGAUUACAGGAGUAGGCUGUUCUUUACUUGCUGAUGAAAAUAUGUUUUUGUUGUCAUGCACCAUUAUUAGCACUGUUUCAUAACUGGAAGCACUUAACUUUUUGUUUUGAUUUUUAAUUUUCAGCUGAAGGUUUCUCUAGAGAAUCAGGAAGUGGAGUUUAUUACUAUUUUAUAUUUUCUGGAAUUUUGUACUGUUUGGGAGGGGGACAAAUGGAUUCACAAAAUUGAUUAUUCUAUUAGGCUUUCUGAGGUGUUGUAUUUUGGCUAGAAUGUUUUUAAAUAUACAAGCUCUUAAAAUUGUGCUGUAUAGAAUAUGAUUUUUAUGAUUAGCUAUUGAUGGAUUGCACAAAAUUUUGUAAUGUAUCAGGUUUCAAGUUUCUUCUCUGUGUAACCAUUAUUACUUUAUUGUUCAUUGUGGUGUGGAGGGAAAUUGUGUCCCUUCUAAAAACAUUUCAUAUAUAUUUUUGUUUAUUGGUGCAGUGUUACCAGAUGGCCUUAUGUAUAUUACAUUCAUUGCUUUUGUGAUACAGUAGCAUAUUUUAUGUACUCUGCUGUACAUAUUAGUGAAUCUUUCUGAGAUGCAUUUCUAAAAGAUAGCAAAUAAAUUGAUAUCUUUAAUUCUUGAUUAUUCAAAGAUUGUUUAUUAUUAGUAUAAAUCCUAUAUCCAAUCUACAACUGAUUCUUUACCUUCUGCCUUUGGACAAUUUCACUUAUUUUGACUAGGGGAAAUUAAACAGAUGAACUUAUAAGUUAAUUUUGAUACCUGUUGGCUUAAGAAUUUGGUAUGAGAUUGAUGCUAUUCAUUAAAAUGGGGUUUUAACAUUUCUUAUUUCAAUAUUUUAGCUUUAUAUCUCUUGCCUCUUAUUUUAACACAAAGCUCAAAAAAAAAAUAAGGCUGUCUAGAGAUUUACUUUGUGAAAAACAAACCAGUAAAUUCUCAAUGGUCCUUGUUUUGUUGGGUCAGCUAAAGUGUACUUCUCUGUCUAUGAAAAGUAUCUGUUUACAAGAGACAGUUGGGACAGAGUAGUUCAUGGAGAAUAAUUUUAACGUUAGCUCUUUGGAAAUUACAUUGGUUGAGCUAUUUUAGUGCUGGUGAUACAUGCGAUUAUAUCUUUGAUGAGACUAAGAACUUAAAAUUAACUGAAACUAAACAGUUUUGCAUUCUUGGAUUUCACUCACCCAGUCCAUGGAGUGGCUUUAAAAAACAAAAAACAAAAACGUAUCUACCUGUGAGAGUUUUACUCUGUAAACACUGACAAGUUAAUUUUAGAAAUAGUUCUUAGUUUGGGAUACGUGGUAAUGAAAAAUUGUCAAAGUGCUUUCUUUAUACUUAAAUCCACUUAACUGGGAACAGUUGCUUCUUUGUAAUUUUUUUCCUUAUUCAUUUUAUUGAAAUUGUACCUAAUAUUUAGUAUCUACUGCCAUUGUAAACAACAUUGUGUUGCUGGUGUAUAAUACAAGUACAUAUGUAGUAAAACAAAACAAAAAAAGGUAGAUAACUAUUGAAAUGUUGGUUAAUCCCUGGCCUUUAUUAAUCCCAGUACAAUUUACAUUAGAGAGACCUGCAGUGUGUUACAACAUGAAAAGGGUUGGAAAGUGCAAGAAAUAUUAGUACUGAUGAUGCCACAAGAGAGAAACUGCCAUAUCUUCUGGCUGAGCAGCACUGAUGCACUGUGGGGAAAUAAUAAAGGGAUGAUCUUCAAAGUUGGUUAGGGCCAUUGGGCAACUAGAAUUCAGAAUUUUUAUGUUUAAACAUAGCAAAGAAAAGCACAAGGAUAAGAUCAAUGAAGAAAAGUUUGUGUUUGCACUUUGAGGGCUUUAAAGCUCUCUGCUUUUAAAAGAAAAAAGUAUCAUUGAUAAUCAGUGCAUCUCCAACUCUUGUGAGGGGCUGCCCUGAAUAAUCAGAGGAUUUUUUAAAUAAAUUGAUUUAAGUUGUGUGCACGCACACAUGCAUGCGUGCAUAUAUAUACACACAUGCUAUAAUGGCAAUGUGUAUCUUUUUU